GGGAGAAUGUUAAAUUUCGAACGGAGCCGCGUAAGGAAGUGUUACGCGAUGGUAAACAUUCGAUUCUCGUAGAAAAAAACUUUGAAAUAAAAUAUGAGCUUGUGCGAAGCAAUGACGCAAUAAGGACAAAAAAAUUUAUUGAAAAGAGUCUCCUUCUUUUGUCAUUUAUUUCACUAGUCUCUUCAUUCAAUCCUGUCACUUUAACACCAAUUGGAUCAGAAAAUGUCACGGCACUCACCGUUAUUGGUAAUAAAUUCUUAUUUGUUGAUUCUGACAGUGGCGGUGAUGAGGACAAGGAUUGGAUUU